CCUUAUGGCAACCCUAACUGAGACAAGAGCCUCUCCUGAUAAUCUCAGAGCCUGGGACCCUCUCAUACAGAGAGAUACAGUUUGCCAAAUAGUCUGGGCCUGAGCCAUGCAGGCUUUAUAGGUCAUAACCAACACUGUGAAUUGUGCCUCUUAACAAACUGGAGUUUCAACAGGAGUGUUGUAUGGUCUUUGUAACCUGCCAGUUUGGCUGCAGUUCUUUGGACCAGCUGACAUUUCCAAACACUCUUCAAAGGUAGCCUCACGUACAGCAUGUUACUCCAAAUGGGAUGUAACUAAACAUGUACCAUUGUGGCCAGAUCCAGUAUCUCAAGUAAUUGGCAUAGUUGGGGUGCAAGCUUUAAAUGUGCCAAAACGCCCCUGGCCAUCACAGAAACCUGGGCUUCCAAGUUCAAUGUUAAGUCUAGGAGUACCCCUAAACUCUGCACCUGUAUCUUUGAGGGAGUGUAAUCCCAUCUAACACACUGACAUGUACAGUGCAAUUUUGUAAAUAUAUUUUCUUGGGAUGAAGGCCUGUUACUUUCAGUCUGGUUUACUUUUCAAAGAAAAUGCACAGGAUUGCUGCCUUAAUUUAGGGAGUGCUGGUUUGAACACACUUUUAUUAAAAGACUUUUAUUAAAAUCCCUUUUUAUCAAUUGCAUUUCCUCAAGUAUUCAGUUAAUUUUGAUUUCCUGACACAAACUGCAAGCUACAAAAAGGACAAUCUGUAUUCAACACAGAGGAGAAAACCCUCCAAGACAGCCUUUUAUUAUGCAUAGAGAAGGAUUUUCAGUAUCUGGGGACCAGUUGUUUGGAAGGAUGGAGAGGAGUUUCUUUUCCUUCUCUGACCAAGACCUGCUCCAAAGAAAUGGCCGACGUUAUGAUGGCAGUGUGAAGCCAAAGCUUAAUUUACAACAAGUAGCAAUAACACAGGUUUUGAAUUACAACAUAAGUACCAAGGCGAAUUUGGAGAGAGAGUCAGUCAUCCACAGCCACUACAGCCCUCUCAAUGUCACGGUUAAUGGAAGCCCCUGUAUUUUAUUUUGGGCCAGAAGAAUCAUGAUUAAGUUUCAGAAUCACACUCAGCUGGACUUAACAGACAGGACAUUUGGUAUUCAUGCAACUGUGGAUGUUGCUGAUUCAAACUGCAGUGAAGAAAAUGCAAUGCUUUCACUUAAUUUUGGUGACAUCGACAAUUUGAAGGGAUUUAUUAUCAGAUUCUUACUGACAAACAGUUAUUACAAGCUGUCUAUUCAGAAUUGGUUCACCUUGCACCGAAUCCAGCUUGUUUACAACCACUCUGUACAAGCCACUUUCAACGCAACACGAAUCCAUGCUCCAGCCAUUUACUCCUAUCACUGUGAACAUGUUAGCAGCUUGCAGAGAUAUGAUGCACUCCUGACACCCAGCUCUGCCACUGAUGCAGCCAAGCUCUGGGAAGUUACUUUUAUUGACUUUCAGAUUCAAGGAUUUAACAUUGAAGAUGGGCAGUUUGCUUAUGCGAAAGACUGUGCCUCUCUCUUCCCACCUGCAAUCCUGAUGGGCUUGGUGAUGUCUCUGAUCUUGCUUCUUGUCUUGGCCUAUGCUCUCCAUAUGCUGAUACACUUGAAGUCUCUUGAUAGACAUUAUGAAUGCAAAGCUUCUCCUGCUUAUUUCCCACAGAUGAAAGAUAUUGAUACAGUGGAUGAAAAGGAACCCCUGAGAAAUAAUGGAAUGGAAGUCUAUGAACUUAGAAGCCAACAGUAUUCUAAAAUUUAUAUUUAGCUAUUGUCUUUGUUUUUCCAUGAUUAGGCAAACAGACUGCUGCUGGGGAACUUCUGCAUCCUAUGGGCUCAUGUUAGAAUUUUGAGUAUCUCAACUUUGAUUUAAAUAAAUAAAUUAAAAAGAUUUCUAGUCAUCAUGACUGUGAGAGAAAUAUGGAAGUGCUACAACAGUGUGUCCUAAUUUCUCAGAGAGCCCAAAAGCAAAUCAAAAGGGCAUCAUUUAUAGCCAACAUGAAAGGCAAGAGGAGAUGAUUGCCUCAUGGUCAUCUGCUUCAGACAGAGAAUACUGCAUGGUAACAUUGCCCAAAAUGUUUAUCUUGGAGGAUGGGAUCUAUCGGAAUUGAAAAGCUCCUUCCAAAAUGAAAGUAAAAUGCCGCAACCAAAGAUGUACCACAAAAGUGAAAUUUGGGACAAGAUUCUUCAAAUGUUGCCCACUCAAAUCUAUGAUCUUUUUGUUGUUGUAAUGACACUGGAGGACUGAACCAUAGCUGGUGCUUAAGGUUACUUAGCAAGGCUGAUAGAACAAUGAUUUUAUGCUGCUGGAAAACCACCAGUCAUUGGAAAGAAUAAACCAGUUGUACAUAAAAAAAUGACACUAGAAAUCUCUUGUGUUCGUUCCUAACCAGCUGCAAAAUGAUGUGUAAACAUCCCUGUCAUCAUAUCUGUUUGCAUGGCAGAAAUGCAGUCUGUUGGCCAAAAAGCAACUGGUUUAUGUCUUAAGAUAUGCAAAUUGUGUCAGUUAACAUCUCAAUAUGUUAUGCAGAUUUGCUGUGGAUCUCUUUAUCUUGUAAUGCUUUUCUAAGGGUGCCCUCAGCGCUGAGCAAUUUUCUCACUUCUGUUGUAUUUCAAUGAAGUUAUGAGCACUUUCUUUUUGAUGUUCCAUUCUUCUAAUAUUUAGCUAAAUGUUUUUUACUACACGACUUCUCUGAUAAAUGAUCAAAGGAUACCAGUCUCUUGGCAUUAAUUUCCUAAAUUUGUCACUGAGUACAAGGUAAAAGAAUGUGAGAUCUAAGUGGGGAGGAAGAAAUUAGUGUCAUGAAGAUUGUCCAUGUUGCUGCAAAAGAAAAGCCCUUGUCUUUGCCACUAAUUUACAAACCUCUGCAAAUCACUUUCAAUAAUGAAGCCUUUGAAAGAACUGAACAAACACAUCUUUCAAAGGCAGGAGGGCUCUUAUUGAGUAUAAAUAGUUUACAUAUGGAAAGUCUUUCUUUAGUCCAGUGAUGGGUAGAAUGCUACCAUGGGUGCAAUUUUAAUUGGAAUAUUUACGCAAAAGUAGACCCAUAACAUGGUCCUCCUAGGAUAUUAUUAUGUACACAAUAGUCAGUAUAAAAAUAUAUAUUAAAAAAGGUGCAGAAAAGGGUGAAUAUUCAGGGGCCUAGAGCAACUGUGCCAUGAGGAAAAGGUGAGAAUGUUUGGAGCAAUAAAAGGGAGUUAGAAGGAUAUAAGAUAAGGGUGGGCAGCUAGGGGCCAGUCAUCCUCAACCUUCUUCCUGAGAUACAUCCAUCCUGAGCAAGACCAAAUACUUCCAUUUUCUUCUGUGGCUGCACUCAAAAUAGCAAUAGGAAUUGAUGUUCUGAUGCCAUUUUAAGAGUGACUGCAGAGAAAAAUGAAGUUAUUAUGGGAGUAGUAUGGGGUCCUAAGAUAUCUGUGGGGGUUGAAUAUGGAUAUUCUUGUUACUUUAAUGUGUUUGGGGAGUUUUCUGCAUGGAGUUUGGACCAAAAAUUGCCAGAUUGUCUUUUUUUAAAUGGAUAGGAAUUUGGGAGGGACUGGUGGGGGGCUUCAGGGGCCAUGUGUAGUCCAUAGGCUAUACUUUGACCACCCCUGCCCUAUAAGUAUGCACCGUGUGCAGAUAGUGAAUAGGCAGUAGUCUCCUUCUCCACAAUACUGGGGCCCAGGACCAUCCACUGUAGUGGAUCAGUGGAAGAUUUAGGAAUAAUAUAGAAUCACUUCUUCACACACCACUUCAUUAAACUGUGGAACAAUCUUGCAUAAGAUACAUUAUGGCAGCAAGAUGGGCAACUUUAAAUUGGGACUGGACAUUCAUGGAGGAUGGGUCUUUCAGUCUACUAGUCAUGAUGGCUGUAUAUCCCCUACAGUACUAGAAGCAAUAUGUCUGUCUAUACUAGUUCCUGGGGAGAAUUAGCAGAAUAUCAUCAUGUGUACAUGCCCUACUUUUAGGCUUCAUAAUGAGCAAGUGACUGGCCACUGUGUGAACAAAAUAUUGGACUAGAUAAGUCUAAGAUCUGAUUCAGGAAGGCUGCUCUUACAUUCUUAAAAAGUAUUCAGUCACUUACUGUUACAUUUUCUUUACAACCCAAUUUGCAAAUGAAUUUUUAUGCCAGCCAAUAUAAGGUGAUGAGGUACAGAAUUUUAUAGCCAUAAUUGAUCAAUGGUUACCAAUGCAGAGUUUUCAUUAUGAAACUCCAAAAGAGUAUAGGACAAACACACAGAAACAUAUUCUUUUUGCCAUUGGGGUACUUUCCUUUAGCAGCCACUAGAAAGCAUUGUGAUUAAAACAAUAUAGGGGAACAGAAUUCUGGAAGGCCGCAGAUGGCUUUUUAAAAACUUUUUUGU